UCUGCCACUCUGCUUUCGUCCCUCACGUCACGCGCGUAGACGUACUCACGUACUACAGACACCACCCCACCAGUUGCAGAGGAGGAGGCGGCGGCGGCGUCAGCGAUGGUGGUGCUGGUGGUCGCCACGACGUCCGACGCCGCGUCGGCCACUCCGGCCGCCGCCUUCCUCGCCAUGCCCGGCUGGAACCCCGGCCCCACCAUCCCGGACGGCGUCGAGAGCUUCGCCAACGGCGAGGUGCGCCUGCUGCGGCACGCGCGCGGGAUCGUCGAGGAGGACGACCUCGACCUCCGGUGGGAGGCCGCCACGGGGGAGCGCGUCUCCGAGGUCGUCCUCCUCAGCCGCCACACCGCCGUCUCCAACCGCCCCGCGCUCACCGUCCACCCCAUCGGCGUCCCGCACCUCAGGGAAGGGGUGGACGUGCCCCCGCAGGGGGGCCGCCCCGGGUGGGCCGCGCUGCCCAACCCCCGGAUCGGGCCCUGGCUCCGCCUGCUGCGCCGGAUGGCCGCCGACCGCGGCCUCGUGCCAGAGUUUGAGAUUACGCUGGAGGGUACUCACCAUGGACCGGUGACCAACACGCCGACGCUGUUUGUCGAGAUUGGAAGCACUGAAGAAUACUGGGGUAGACAGGAUGCUGCUGAUACAGUUGCUAUGCUGCUAUGGAAAGGACUUGGUCUUGGAGAAGAAGAAUCUGUUGGAAAUUGGCAUGGUAAUGGCGAAAAAGUUCUUUUAGGCAUAGGAGGUGGUCAUUAUGCUCCUCGACAUAUGGAUAUAGUAACGAAAGAUGGUGUAUGGGUUGGCCACUUGCUCUCUGGGUAUUCUCUACCAAUGGAAGAACCAAAGCAGAUGAAUGGUAAAAAUGUGGCUGAUGUUGGUGGUAUGUGGAAGCAUUCCAUCAGAGUUUCAUAUGAAGCAACAAAAGCGGCUUUCCCAGGGGGAGAGAUUAUUGCACAUAUUGAUCAAAAGAGCUUUAAAGGCUGGCAAAAGAAUGCAAUUACAAAUUACUUGCAGGAGCUGAACAUCAGGGUAGGAAAACCAAAUGAUUUCUUUUAAGAGGCAGUGACACCAAGAGGUUAGCCUCUUCCGGUGUUAUUGUUGAGUAAUGUAUUACCAUGGUAUCCAAAUGUGUUGUAUGCUAAAGACCUCACCUCCAUGGUUCUGAGCUAAUGAAAUCACUAAAUUUUGAGUCC